AUGCAGAAGAAUGUAAGCCCUUACGUUAUAGCACACUGGAACAAUUCAUAUACCAAACAAUGCAAAUACGUCAUAAUGAGCGCUUGGAGUAAUCCUUCAUGCACGGGUAUGUCAGGAUGGCCGAGCGGUCUAAGGCGCCAGAUAGAUGCAGUCGAAGAGAGGAUUGGACUUGGAAAUUGCUAUGGAUGUGUUCCUAGAUAUCCGGAUUGUAUCGAAGUUACCGUAGACUCAGCUGAAAAUGCAACGAUUAUUUGUGAUGGAGUAGAAGUAGACAAGAAAUUCAUAUGUGGAGAGAUUCUGUACUCGAAGUAUGUAGUGGUAUCCAUUCUAAAUCUACCAACGUAUAUAGAAGAACAGGUUAUAAUUGACAAGUUGGAAAAUUUUGUUGAAGUAUGUGGUCCUAUUAGACGCAAAUUCUACCGAAACAACAAGAGCUGCACAGACGGGACAAGGUAUGUGAAAUGUAGAUUCCCUCCUACCAUCAAGUCUUUACCAUGGGCGAUGAAUUUCGAAACGGUGGAAGGUUCCCGCAGUUUUAGAGUCAUGCACAACAAUCAGAAGAAG